AUGAUUAAUCUUGAGCCCAUUAGAAUAUCACCUACUUUAGAGAUGUCUCCAAUCGAACAAACUCAACCUUUGAACCCUAUCCGGGUAACCUCACCUCAAGAAAUUGCUACCCAAGACGUCACUGCGCUCCCCAAUUCGGCCCAGUCCAUCAAUCGACCCCCUUCCAUUGGUGCGACCCUCCGACCUGAGCCUCUAAAAUCGAAGGGCUCUUCCAGACACGGUCGAGCCAAGUCUGUAGCGUCUUUAGCAGAUGCUGCUAAGUCCACCGAGGCUGACUCGCGUUCGUCCAAGUCUGUGAAGGACGAUUGGGAUAUGCCACCCUCUACUGACGGUACAGGUCUUACUUGGCAACAGCGCAAGAAACCGAAACCCAAGUCGACUAGCGCACUUGAUCACGAGGUACCUCACAUGACCCCACCACCUGCCAGCAACCUGACCAAAAAAAUGUUGCAGAACGAACCGGUCACCGGAAUCUCCCCGCUUCUUCGUUCUACUUCUCUCCGCACCCGGCCAAACACCAUAGCUAGUCGCCGCGGCCGUGCAGGAUUGGCUCGAACACCUUCUGCAGGCAACGUUCAAAGCGGACCUGGUAUGUUUGGUACCAACCCCAGUGGAGGUGGCAUGACCCUCUUUGGAUCUGGGAGACCUGCUGCUGCCCUUCGUGAUGGCACCACUGGUUCAUUAUCAGUCCCUCCUUCGCCUACUCCAGAUCGCAGCAGCUUUGGAAAAAUACCAACUCCAACCGGAAUGUCACAUCCUAUCGAUAUCGGUAAUCCCGACGACUCUUCCCUCACUUGGCAACAAGCCAUCAUGCGAUCAUCCCCUCCUAAGAAUGUAUAUCAUAAUGGUUCUCUUGCUCCUACUAGUCUCAUCACUUCAUCUUCCAUUUCGGACAACCUCAAAAGUGGCAAAAAGAAUAUGUCAAACCCUUCUGCUUUCACUACGCCUGUCAAGUCUGCGACUUUGUCUUACCGCCGUAGCGGUCCUCAUCCUAGAAUGAUGAAUGCUGAUGAUGUACCCAAUAAUCGAUCUGGUUCUGUUGCCAAGAGUAACACCAAGAUCCCUAAAAGGAGGAACAGUAUGUCCUCUACCCCUAGUAAUAUCAAGUCACCAUCCAAUGAAUCGCCUAUCUUGGUCACUGCUUCGCCACCCUUCUUGGUUCAACAACCGGAAUUCGAAAUUGAGGACCACAGAGAAGGGCGCGCGGGAUCUGUGCCCACUCCUACUGUUUCAACCACUCUUCACGCUGAGUCCCGCAGUAACGGAAAGAAGCUCACCCAUCGCUCCUCUACACCGCUUCCUAUCAUUCCUUCGAUGUCGGGCUUGAAGCCUAGUCACGACGAGAGCGGCAUCGCCCUCAAGAAACUUCAGACUUUUGAAACCGGACCCCUCAAAGUGAAUGUACCAUCAGCUAACAAUUUGAAUGUCACGAUGUAUGCGGGCCCUCAAUUCCAUAACAGUCCCAGCCCAGCCGCGUUGCCUCCUCCCAAAUUCUCCUACGCUUGA